AGCCUUCCAACCCGCCCGCGCGCGCGGCUGGGAACCCUCCUCGCGGACCCGCCCGUCUGCCCGCCACCGCCCGCCCCGCAGGGAGCAGAGCCCCACUCUCGGGGCUCCCGGAUGGGUAGUGAGGCAGGCACCCCGGGGCAGAGGGGCAGCCAUUCUGCCCCGCCCUGGCCCAGUGAUUGAUCAGCAGCCCUUACCGAGCCUUUUACUGGUUCGCUGGAAUGGGAAUUAAUUCUGGGAUGGAUAAAUAAUGCAUUGAGGUUUGUGUAGUCCAAGGCAAGCCAUUGGUCAGCAGCAAGGAAAGGGAAACUCUCCUGUAAAGCCAGCAACCAUGGGGGCUGGAGUGGGGCAGCAGGAGGGGCAGUUGGGCCAGAGGAAGAGAAAAGGGAAGUGGAUGACAGCAUGAUCGGCCCAAGGACUCCAGCCUGGCGGCUUCUGGAAUAUGCUGAGCCCAAAGAUCAGGCAAGCCAGGAGGGCCCGCUCCAAAAGCCUGGUGAUGGGGGAACAGAGCCGCAGCCCAGGGCAGCUGCCCUGCCCCCGCAGACUGGGCCCCGUGCUCAAGGAGGGCUGGCUGAAGAGGCAGAGAAGCAUCAUGAAGAACUGGCAGCAGCGCUGGUUCGUGCUGCGUGGGGAUCAGCUUUUCUACUACAAGGACAAAGACGAGACCAAGCCCCAGGGAUUUAUUUCUCUACAAGGGACCCGGGUGACCGAACUUCUUCCUGGCCCUGAGGACGCAGGGAAGCACCUCUUUGAGAUCAGCCCAGGUGGUGCCGGGGAGCGGGAGAAGGUGCCGGCCAACCCCGAGGCGCUCCUGCUCAUGGCCAGCUCCCAGCGCGACAUGGAAGACUGGGUGCAGGCCAUCCGCCGGGUCAUCUGGGCCCCACUUGGCGGAGGUACUGCCCGUAGAUCGCAUGCUCACCCUCUAGAACCCUUGCCUUCAGGGAUCUUUGGGCAGCGCCUGGAGGACACCGUCCACCACGAGCGGAAGUAUGGCCCCCGUCUGGCCCCCCUGCUGGUGGAGCAGUGCGUGGACUUCAUCCGGGAGCGCGGGCUCACCGAAGAGGGCCUAUUCCGCAUGCCCGGCCAGGCCAACCUGGUGAGGGACCUGCAGGAUUCCUUCGACUGUGGGGAGAAGCCACUGUUUGACAGCACAACAGACGUGCACACGGUGGCCUCUCUGUUGAAGCUCUACCUGCGGGAGCUCCCUGAGCCUGUGGUCCCCUUCGCCAGGUAUGAGGACUUCCUCAGCUGUGCCCAGCUGCUCACCAAGGACGAGGGGGAGGGGACACUGGAGUUGGCUAAGCAAGUGAGCAGCCUUCCCCUGGCCAAUUACAACCUGCUCAGAUAUAUCUGCAAGUUUCUGGAUGAAGUCCAGUCUCACUCAAAUGUCAACAAGAUGAGUGUCCAGAACCUAGCAACCGUUUUUGGACCCAACAUACUUCGGCCACAGAUAGAAGACCCAGUAACCAUCAUGGAAGGCACUUCUCUGGUCCAGCACCUGAUGACUGUCCUGAUCCGCAAACACAGCCAACUCUUCACUGCGAGGGCCGAGGAAGGGCCGACCUCCCCGCGUGGGGGCCCACCGUGCACCGUGGGAUGGGGCUCUGAGGAGGGCCCGAGGGACGGCCAGCCGGAACCCAGCAGCCCCAGCAGCCCUAGCAGCCCUGGCCUGCCAUCACACAGGACCUCAUCUCUGGAUGGGGCCACUGUGGCAGCGCUGUCUAGAACCUCCCCCACGGGCCUGGGUACCCGAGGUGGCCCUGCUGCCCCCAGCCCUGGGAAGAAAGUGCAGACUCUGCCCAACUGGAAGUCUUCCUUCUGGCAGUCAGGAUCCCGUUCGGGGAGCCCAAAGGCGGGAAGCUCAUCCCUGGAGGUGCCCAUCAUCUCCUCUGGAGGGAACUGGCUCAUGAACGGACUGUCCUCCCUGCGUGGCCACCGCCGGGCCUCCUCGGGAGAACGGCUCAAGGACUCAGGCUCUUCGCAGAGACUUUCCACUUAUGACAAUGUGCCCCCACCCAGCGGCCUCUUCCCCAGCACCCCCAGUGUGGCCAGCACAGUGUGGUCGGGGGCCUCCUCUUGUGAGGCAUCGGCCAGGGGCUCAGUCAGCAGCUGCACAGCCUGCCGGGCCAGCGACUCGUCCGCCUGCAGCUCCCUGCACACCGAGGGGGCCCUUGAGCCUUCCCCUUUCCCCAGUAGCAGUGAGGAACGCAGAUCCCCAGACCUGGGCCGUGGCCUGGACGAGGUGGGCACCUGCAUCAGCAGCAGUGAGCCCAGCGACCCAGGCAGCCCCACCCAGGACUAUGCCCGCUGCUCUGAGGCUCUCCAGGGCCUGGUCACGGAGCUCAGGGCAGAGCUGUGCCGGCAGAGGACUGAGUACGAGACCAGUAUAAAAAGACUUGAAGAAGGUAGUGCCAACCUGAGGAAACGAAUGUCACGGCUAGAAGAAGAACUAGACCAGGAAAAGAAAAAGUACACAAUGCUGGAAAUAAAGCUGAGGAACUCAGAGCGGGCGCGGGAAGAUGCAGAGAAGAGGAACCAGCUGCUGCAGAAGGAAAUGGAGGAGUUUUUUUCAACCCUCGGAAGCCUGACUGUAGGAGCAAGAGGUGACAAAGCCCCAAAGUGAAGGAGUGGAAAGAACUCCCAUGAACAACGGUGCUCGCCCGCCUCUGAGCAGAGAUGGCCGUCCACCUCAUGAGGAGACACAAGGCCCUGCAGCGUGGACCUGGGCUUCUGUGGUGCCAGG